AUGGAGCGCCUGCUCUGCGCCCAGCCCCUGCCCCUGCCCCUGCCGCUGCCCCUGCUGCUGCCCCUGCUGCUGCCGGGCCCGCCCGCCUCGGCCCUGUGGCUCCUCCACUUCCCGACGCCCAACUGCUCGCAGCCGGGCUUGGACUGCAACGUCAAGAACAGUACCUGUCUGCACCGGAGCUGGCAUCAGCCACCCAAAUGGACCCCCACGGCCCCCAGACGCCUCAGCGUCACCCUGGGCUCGGCCCGGGUCGGGGCCGGGGACCUGUACCCCGUGCUGGAGAUCACGUGGACCGUGGCCACGGACGGAAGCAUCGUCUGUCUCCGGGGGGCGGAGCUGGCCGUGCUCCAGGUGAGCACCAAUGAGGUCCUGUGUGCCGAGUUCGAGUUCCCGGACAGCCCGCCGGACCAAGUGGGGCCCGAUCGAAAUCCGUGGCGCUUUUCCUUCAACCGUUUCGUGGUGGAGCCGGGGCAGCUGUACGAAGUGACCGUCCACCACCUGCCCAAACUGGGGACCGACGGAGACGACAAUCACCAUUCAAAGCGCCUGCGGGUGCCGGACUGCGGGGACCCCAAGAUGAGGACCACCACUCCCUGCGUCGUCUCAGGCAGCCUGUGGGAGCCAGACCUGACGGCCGAGCGCCUGGAGAACCGUUCCCUGCGGGUGACCUUCACCCCGUGGACUGAGGCGUCGGCCCACUACCAGAUCCUCGUCGACGGCUUCCCGGAAACCUCCGACAAGAGCUGUCACCAGGAGUUUCACCCCGUAGCCCCGGUGGAGCGGCCCCCUCGGCGCCUGUCUGUCACCGUCCCCCUGGGGAGUGUACGAGCCUGCUGCCGCUACACGGUGCAGAUCCAGCCGUUCUUCCAGAGCUGCGGCAGCGACUGCAUCCGGCACGUCGUGACCGUCCCUUCCCGGGGGGUCCCCCCCACCCUCUUCCCGCCUCCUCUCACCCCUCCCGUGGAAUACCCUUCAGAUGACGUGUCGCUCUGGGUCUACUGGGUCAUCACGUGCGUCUGCGUCCUCCUGGUGGGUUCGGUCAUCCUGACGGCCGUGUGCGUGGCCCAGCGGAAACCCGGCUCCGGUUCCGGCAAGUCCACGGAUGCCGCCGUCUAUUCAGGGAUCCCGCCCCCGGCCCCGGCGUCGCCGCCCCCCCUGAAGCCCCGGAAGGUCUGGGUCGUGUACUCGGCCGACCACCCGCUCUACGUGGACGUGGUGGUGAAGUUCGCCCAGUUCCUGCUGACGGCGUGCGGCACGGAGGUGGCCCUGGACCUCCUGGAGGAGCGGGAGAUCUCGGAGGUGGGGGCCCUGGCCUGGAUCACGCGGCAGAAGCGGGCGGCCGACGCCGGCGCCUCCAAGAUCGUCGUGCUGUGCUCCCGGGGCACGCGGGCCAAGUGGCAGGCCAUGCUGGGCCGCGGCGGGCCGGCCGCCGGCGGGCUGCGGGGGGACCGGCGCCGGCCGGCCGGGGACCUGUUCACCCCGGCCCUCAACGUCAUCCUGCCCGACUUCAAGAGGCCGGCCCGCUUCGGAGGCUACGUGGUCUGCUACUUCUCCGACAUCUGCGCCGAGGAGGACGUGCCCGAGCCGUUCCUCAUCACCUCCCGCUACCCGCUGAUGGGCGCCUUCGAGGAGGUCUACUUCCGCAUCCAGGACCUGGAGAUGUUCCAGCCGGGCCGCGGGCACCGGGUGCGGGAGCUCUCCGCCGACGGCUACCUGGGCGGCCCCGCCGGGCGCGGGCUCGAGGAGGCCGUGCGACGCUUCCGGGAGUGGCAGGCCGCGCACCCCGACUGGUUCGAGCGGGAGAACGGCGGAGCCUCCGACGAGGAGGAGGAGGAGGAGGAAGAGAGGAUACCGCCGGGAGGGGAGGAGGCCACGGCGACGGCCGUCGUCCGACAGGAGCCGCUCCUCCGGGAGCCGGGCCUGGCGGAGGGCUUCCGGGUGGACCCCCUCCCCGCCCGGACCGACGGGGGCGCCUUCAGGGUGGCCCCUCGGCCGCCCGCCGGGCCCGGCCCGGCCCCCUCGGCUCUCCAGACGCCGGUGGCGGCCGACGAGCGGCGGCCGCCCUCCCUCGCGGUCACCCCCGUCCCCCGGGCGGCCGCCACGGCGGGGCGGCUGGUGCCGGUGGAGGAGGAGGGGCGGCCCCUGUUGGACCCCGUCGCCGCCGCCCCGGCCGUCGGGCCGCCGAGCCCCCUCCCGCCGGGCCGGCUCGAGGAGUGGGUGCGGUCGCUCUUGGGCCCGGGCGAGGGGGAGACGCGGACCCCGGCCGGAGGGGAGCAGAGACAGUCCGUGCAGUCGGACCAGGGGUACAUCUCCCGGAGCUCCCCGCAGCCUCCGGACGGACCGGAGGAGGACGAGGAGGAGGAGGAGGACGACGACGACGACGGCGAAGGCGAGGACUUGGAGGAGCCCCUGUCCCCGGCCAUCUUGGCCAGCCUCAAGAAUCUCCAGCAGCAUCUACUCUUCCACCACCUCCGGCAGGAGUCGGGGCAGACGCCCGGGGCCCGGCCGGCCCCCUCCUAGCGUCUCCCGCGGGCCCGUCCGGGGGGGUGGGGGACGGCGGUCCCCCUCCACCGACCCCGCGGUCGCUCAGCCGAGGAUGCGGACGGUCGCCGGUUGGGUUGAGGAGCCUAGAGGGAAGAGCGCGGGCCUGGGACACGGAGGACCCGGGUCCUAAUCCCGGCCCUGCCGUGCGACCUGGGGCGGGGCACUGCUCUGCGCCUCGGUUUCCUCAUCCGUAACGUUCUCCCUCCUGCUGGGAUCGUGAGUCCCACGUGCCUGACCCGAUC